GACUAGUAAGUGGGUCAACAAGGAAGCUUCUUCAUCUUUGUUGCAUUCAUCGAAGAAACUCUCAGAAAUUGUGAAAAGAAAACUCAAAUUCUCAUUUCAUUUCUUUCUUUGAAUCUUCAGAAAUGUCUUCCUCAUCGGAAAUGCUCUCGAACAUGAAAGAAGCAGGCCAAUCCAUCAUCGCCACGCGCCGCCCAUUCCGCGAGUGCAUAUCUCUCUCCGCCAUCUCCCUCCCAUCCUCCCUCUCCGAAGCCACCACGCGCAUCUCCCUCAACCUCACGCGCUUCCUCUUCCACUACGCCAUCCUCCUCCUCUUCGCCCUCGCCCUCAGCCUCGUCUACCACCCCUUCGCCCUCCUCCUCUUCGCCGUCCUCCUCGCCGCCUGGAACUUCCUCUUCUUCUCUCGCGACGCCGCUGAUCCCCCUGUCAGCCUCUUCGGCGUCCUCACCCUCGACGACCGCAUUAUCGUGAUCGGCCUCGCCGUGUUCACUCUCAUCACCGUCGCGGCCACCGGGGUUUGGCUCAACGUUUUCCUCUCCUUCCUCGUCGGCGCUGCUUUGGUGUGCUUCCAUGCCGCUCUGAGGAGAACUGAUGAAGGUGUUGAUGACUAUGAAUCCCCCUAUGGACCCAUGCUUGGUGGUGAUUCUGGUGACGGUGCUGGUGCUUAUACCCGAGUUUGAUUUUGUCAUCAACAACUAUCAACAACUGUGAACUGACACUAGGGUUUGGCAUUUGUGCUUAGUGAUUUGUGGAAAAUGUUGUCAAUUUUGGAUUCUAUUCUUUAACUGUAGAUUUCACUAGUAGCUUGGCAUUUGAUUCAUAUACAUGUAUACCCACCUUCCAUGUCUUUCUUUCUAUUUUGUUUUAGCAGUUCAUUUCUAUAUGUUUGUGUGUGUGAUAGUGAACAACUGAACAUGUAGUAGAUUGGAAUUGUGAAUUCAUCUAAUGAGAAGUAGAGUAUGAUAAAUAACCUUUUGCUGAAUUGUUGAGUUGUGUGAUGAUUAGAUAAGUGCUGCAUUGCUUGAGUGUUUGUUGUUGUUGUUAAUUUGUUUACUUUGCUAUAUUGCUGGGUGAUAUGUUUGUCUUUAUCAUUGUUGUGUGAAGACAAUGUGCUAUUCAGUAUUAGUAUUACAAUUGAAAAGUUUCACUGGUUGGAGGGUUUUAGAAAGGAUCAUUUGCAUGCAGAGAUGCCUUGAUAUGUUUCUUGUUUACCUGUAAAAGUAUUUUGAUAGAUGUUGAAGACUGUCUUCUUGUGCGAAGCUCAAUUACAAUAACAUCAAACACAGAGAGAGUCCUAUACUGUGGUUUGAAUUGUAAGGUUAAUGAUGCUGGAUAGUUCUUUCACUUUACUUGAAUGCUGGGAAUAUAUCAUGACUUCAUUUCUUAGGGAAUCUUUCUUUUUAUGUGUUUCUUCAGUUUAUGUACUCUAUGCAACUUUGCUCUGGGCAUUAUUUAGUUGAAAGAAUGCAUGAAUGAAGGGAGAAUUGGAAGUAAUGGUCUCUCAACCUGCACAAUUAGGCCUGCUUAUGCUGUAUGGCCAGCUUCUUUCAAUUCUAAGUAGAUACUCAUUGGCUUGGCCAAGUCUUGAAGUCAUGAGCACUUGGGCAUGAUCUUCUACUGUAUAUAGUUGCUCCUGCAUACUUAUAUGCUCUUAGGGAUUGUUAUAACCUACAUUUUCCACUUACAAAUCCUUUACUUGUUCUGAAUGUUUCUGUUUACCGCUUAGAAUUGUUCAAAUAAUAACUUGGACUGAUAUAGAUCAGAUCCAAAUGGCCUAAGGUUAUAUAGCUGUUGUCUGUAGGACAUAGAGCCCAUUUGGCUCCAAUAAGUACUCUUUGGAUUCCAUCCAAAUGGAUUGAUAUUACCCCUAGCUUAUGUGUUCUGGCAUCAGUGCAUGCAUUUUUUGUUGUUGCUAUAAGGCAUUCCUAGUAUGCGCUGAUUAUUGUGGUAGUUUAUUGCUUUGUCACGGUGAACUUGUUUCUUCAUUAACCAUAAUUGUAAAUAUAACCAUAUUCUUAGACUUGUUCUACUUGACUUCUUGCUUGCAAAAUUAAUUCUUAUGAUGCCAUAAUAUGAUUUCUUACUCCUAGUAGUUACACCAAUCAUCUGAUCUUUGAUUCCUUUUUGAAAUACAAAUAGUGUUUGAUGUUAUUGUAACCGUGUGAGGAUUGAAUCUAAGCAAUGUUAGUGUAAGUCCAGAACUAUUUGUGGGCUAUCUUUGAACUUCUAAGGCAUACUUGUGUUCCAUUACUGACCAUUCUUAUCUUCUGGAAGAAACUUUCUUGGGACACACCACCAUGUGAAGACCCUUCAAUAAAAUUGAAUUUAAAUUAUGAGACUGAAUGUUUGAUUAUUCAUUUCAAUAAAUUAGAUGUACUCGGAAAAUUGUCGAUUAAACACAAGGUUCAGAAGAUUGCAUGGCCUGAUACUACUUCAAUGUGUCCUCCUCCGGAUCAGCUAAGAACAAAGGGAUGCUGAAACGUGAACCAUUAGGAUCUACGGAACAUGAACUUCCCUAUUUUGAGCAUGUUGACAAGUAUAUGAACUCAGUUCAUGAUAACAGCAAUUUGGGUUUCUCCAUCUAUUGUUCCUUCCACCAUGUUGAAGCGCAUGAAAAUUCCUCCACAUAGUGGUAUCCUAUACAUCGAUCAGUUUCCACAACACUCAGUGUCAUAUUGAUAGCGUAAUAGAUGUAGCCAUAGAUGGUAAUUGUGGGUAUAAAGAUGUUGCUGCAUUACUAGGGAAACAUCAGUAGCACGGGGGUUGUGUCAAGCUUGAGUUGCUAGACGAACUUCAGCGACAUUCCAAACUAUAUCGCAUGGGACCCUUGAAAGGUUCAAGACCAUACAUGAUGCAUUCACCAUCUCCAACGGAUAGAUGGCCACCAAGGUUAAGUGGAUGAGUCUACCAUAUAUGGGGUUCCUUGUGGCAACAUGGUUUAAAUUGAUUUUCAUUUAACUGUCAAUUCUUGGAUGUUCCACUUUCUUGUCACUCAAAAAAAAUCCACCAGCUUUGAAUUGACAAAUGAUUAUAGUUUGUUGGCUUUGUCUACAAGAAUCACUAUAUUAUAUGAUGUUUCAAUUACAUAGAUUUAUAUUCUACCUUAAAGUACACUUCAAUAAUAUAUAGUUUUCUUCUUCAACAUAUGUGAUUAUUUUAAAGGAUGGACAGGUUGUCUUGCGGAACACAUACACAUAUGACAUGUUUUUCAGGUUUUCAACAUCCACAAUGGUCGGUAGUUAGUGAGUCAACAAGGAACUGCUCACCACCCCUAGAAGGAAGCUUCAUCUUGGUUGCGUUCAUGGAAGACACGCGCAGAAUGCACACACAAACUUUCAUACCAUGGAAGCUUCAUUCCAUUCAUAUAAAAUAAAAUCCACUCUUCAUCUCAUCUCAUCUCAUCAUCUUCAUUCUUGAAUCUUUAAGACACAAAGAAAUGUCUUCCUCAUCGAAAAUGUUCUCCAACAUGAAAGAAGCAGGCCAAUCCAUCAUCUCCAACCGCCGCCUGUGGCGGGACCGCCUCAUCGUUACCGUCCUCUCCAUCUUCGCUGCCGUCGCUGUUUCCGACACCGUCCUCUGGCUCAACUUCCUUCUCUCCGUCCUCAUCGGCGCUGCUUUGUUUUACCUCUACAUUGCUCUGAGGAGAACCGAUAAAGGUGUCAAUGACAAUGAAUCCCCUAAUGGCUCCCCCAUGCUUAGUGGUGGUGACUCUGGUGACGGUGCUAGUGCUUAACUUGGCAAUUGAUUCAUUGAUUCAUAUACCCCACCUUCCAUCUUCUCCUUUGGCUAGAUUGUUGUAGUUGUAUAUGAUUGGACAAGUGCUGCACUGCUUGAGUUUUUGUGUGUUGUUGUUAAUUUGUUCACUUUGGUAUAUUGAUGGGUGAUCUCAUUGUUUUUGUCAUUGUUGUCUGAAGACAAUGUGCUAUUCAGUAUUGGUAUUACAGUUGAAAAGUUUCACUGGUUGGAGGGUUUUAGAAAGCCUCAUUAGCA